AUGGACCAAUCACAGCGACGCGAGGAUGACUCUGGAGAGGCUCCUUUCGUACCUGUUUUGAAUGGUUCUUCUACGAGCCUGCAAGGCGAUGCGCAGGAACAACUCCAGCACUGGGAAAAUUUCAAGUUUGCAGGACCGUUGACACAAGAUUGCUCUACAGAUGGCCACUCAAGCUCUUCUCCGGAUGAGCCUCAGAGUGUCAUGCGCAGCAAUCCAGUUCUUGUUACUGCUUCUACUCUUUGCCACGAAUCUAUGCCACUGUUCCUCCACCCCCUGUCUUGUCCUUCGUCUCCGUUCCCUCCCUCCCACCCUGUCUCUCAUCACGAACACAUUCAUAGCCCGCACCCUGAGAUAAUCUCACCACCAUCUCAGAUCUCGCAGGUACCUGCGGAGGCUGUGAGGCCAAACUCAGCUGAUCGAUUUGAUCUCUCAGUUCUUACUCACCCUGUCGAUUCGGUUCGGUUGACCGUCUUUCUCCAGUCUCUCCCUCCCCGGCCGUUUCGCCGUCAUUCAUCUUCUUCAUCUUCCUCAUCCUCAUCUUGUUCUACUGUUCGUCCCACUCACAUCCCUGAUACCGAAACGGAGUACACACCCAAAGAUCCCUUCAAUAUGUUUCACUACCCUGUGUCUUCUCUGUUUCGGGAGCAGCACCAGCAGCAGAUGGAGGCGCAUCAGUCUCGGCUGCUGCAUCAGAUCUUGACACCGGCAGAGUGCCCCAUUGGCACGAAUGUGGAAGUUCGCAACCCCCCAGUCUCGGCUUUGUUCUCAUCGAGAACGUAA